CCCAGGUCGCAGCCAUUUCUCCCCAUCCUUUGCUUUCCACUCUCUAAAGCUAAAUAAUACAACAUGUAUCAUUCCCCAGGCUACCGUCGCAAGCCUCCUGUUAGGGCCUCCUUCGCUCGCCCGGCCCCUGUGGACAUCGUCACGCCAGCGUUCGUCAAGGCUCAUCUGGACGGUCGACCGUUGAAGGAGUAUACGGCGCCAUACUCUCCGAUUGGUGUCGCAGCUCCUACAACGUCGUCGACCCCAGCUUUGGCGGGGCGCCGUGGUAACUCUGAUACGGAAAUCGCAAUCACCGAUGUAGAGGCCGUCAGUUCGUAUUCGUGGGUCGAUACCGAGCAUCCGGAGAUUAUCGUGCCAGGAUCGCCUAACAUUUGGAACAACACAAACCCACAAUCUGUCCCUCAGGACUCGGGUGUCGUGUUCUCCGACCAGAAUGGUGCCCGCAUGGGCUCUGAUGCAUCGUCCAUGACUCCCCUGUUUGCUUCUAUCGAGGCUCUGCGUAGCGGCGAGGUUAUCAAGAGUGAAACUAAGGAAAAGUUCGACUACACCUCCCUCGACCUUAUCACCGACCGUAACAACCUGCGCAAGCUUUUACGCUGGGCGACAGAUGCCGAAGCGACCACCAUGGACGGGCACGGGGCGGAGCCAUUUCGCAUUGACGUGCAGCGCGUCGGAAAGACGUGCGUGUUCACGCGGUGCGAUGCGCAGGUAUUCCAGUAUAUCAGCGAGUUCCGUGGGUUCGGGCAAGAGUAUGAGAAGGCGGCUACGACGCCUACGGAUGGAUGUGAGGAUGCGACGGGGCAUCAUAGGAUUAUUAAGAUGAACUUUGGUGGGAUAAGCAUUCUUCUUCGCUCCGAAGUCGAUGCAUGGGUUGGUACCGAAGGUGACGAUGAUGACAGCGAUGACGACAAUGAUCUUGUAGCUGCUUUGAGGAGUAUGACUGUAGGAAGCUCUGCCACCAAAUCUGCGGCUACGAGCGUAGGGAACGCCGCUGUCAGCACCGAGAGCAGCACCAUUUUCGGACUAUCGAUUCUCUUGCAACGCUCUGGCGAUUCAGCUUCUACAACGAGGGAGCCCGUCGCCCAGUCAUCCCUGAUCAAGAUCAAAACCCGUGCCUCGCACCGGCCGCUCGACUGGGACGAAGCCUAUCCGCAGCUUUACCUCUCCCAGACACCCCAUUUCUACCUGGCCCGGCACCAGCGUGGGCUCUUCAGCUCUUCUAUCGAAAAGUACACACUAGAAGGUCUGGAGUCUGACCUCCUAGUAGGUCCCGAGGUACGCAAAGCCAGAGAGGGGUUGAAGAAGCUGCGGGGUCUAUUGCGCGAGAUUUUGGACGAGGUGAGGAAGGUGGAGGACGAGAGCGCUCAGCUGUGCUUGGUCAGGGAAGGAAAGGCCCUUGCGUUGUAUAAGAGGGUGGAGGGAACGGGGAAGAGGCUUUCGGAGGAGGUCGUUCGCGUGAUGAAAAGCGAGGCCUGAGACAUCCACGUUCUACUCGUUCUCGGCCAGAUGUAUCACUAGAGUUCUCUAAAUGUGCGAUCCCAGCGUAGUGGUCAGUAACGCAGAAUCGAGAAAGCGAAAUUUAC